AUCUAUCUAUCAGUAGGAAAAUCCGAUCCAUUUAAUCACUCACUGACCUACGCGCCGCCGCUCAGCUGAAAAUGUCGUCGUCUCAAGAACUCAUCUCGACCCACCGCGAAAACGCGGAGAUCUACACCGAUCCGGCGGUGUGCAAGGAGAAGACCCUGGAGCUCCUCCGGGAGAUCAACAUGCCGUCGGGGCUCCUCCCACUAGACGACAUCCUGGAGGUGGGUCGGAACCCGGAAUCCGGGUUCGUGUGGCUGAAGCAAAAGAAGGCGAAGGAGCACAAGUUUAAGAAGAUCGGGAAACUCGUGUGGUACGACAGCGAGGUCACGGCCUUCGUGGAGGAGCGGCGGAUGAAACACGUGACCGGCGUGAAGUCCAAGGAGCUCCUCAUCUGGGUUACUCUCUCUUACAUCUCCAUUCCCGACCCUGACGCCGGAAAAAUCAUGUUUGCUACCCCGGCCGGCCUCUCUAGGUCCUACCCCGUCUCGGCUUUCGAAGCGGAAGAAGAAGCCAACGAGAAAUGAUUUCUCCGGCGUCGGUCGGAGGGGUAUUCCGGGAAACAAAUAAAUUAUACUGAAACUCUUUCCCCCCAUUUUCUUCUUUUCUGUUUUUCUUUUUCUUUUUAAUAAUUAUGAUGCAUGUUAUUAUUGAAUUAUUUGUGUUUACCUUGUCUGAUUAAUUACAAUUUUCUGUAUUAUGGCUCCAUUUUACAGAGUUUGUAAUUACUCUCUUUAAAUUUAAAUUAACAGAGAUACUACAACAACUAUAACUUUA